AUGCCGGCCCUUUCUAAAUUUUCCCUUUUUAAAAACAAGGCUGCUGAGAAUGGCACGCACUCCGUUGAUACUGGCGAGCAGGCCGCCAACAAUGGUCGGCGGGUGGGACUAGAGGAUCCGUCGGAUGUCCGUCUAAAGGACGAUCCCAACAUCUUUCCGACUGGUCGACCUGAUCACUCCAAAGCGCCAUUAGCAGUGUCCAGCGCUACAGCGGGAGGCUCGAGCGCUGCUGCAAAGGCUACUGAGCUGGCAGACGUCGACGCUCAGCAACAACUGCAGUACCCUGCGCCCGUUGGGCCGCCUUCUACAACACUGCUUGACCCUGUCGGCAAGGCUUUCAUAGAUCCCAGACUGUAUGGAGGGAUGAGCGUCAACAAGAGCAAUGGCGAUUUGGGCGAACCUUUGAAUGUCAUUGGUGAGUAGACUGCCACACCAUUGCGGCACGCCAUCUGCGAUCCGUCUUGAGCCUUUUUCACCGCCAGUCUCAUCUCUGACACCGGCACUUUUUGCACUUUGGAAUUACAGUCUCGGCUCUGUCGUCCCCAGAGAUUCUGACUCGAAAAGGUCUGCAGCAAUACCUCCGUUCGUUGGAUCUGGACAUGGAAUGUUUCGGACUGCACUCUGGUGCUCUGCAAAAGGCUAAUUUAGACCCUCGAGGAUUCUCCGACGAGCUCUUCCUCUACCGCGAAGUCUACACACCUCUGGACCAUCUCUUUGGUACGUGCGUGGAAAGCUUGAUUGGCGGCAACCAUAUCCGCGUUUGGCAGCAACAAGGUACCGGAGCUUGGUUCUUUGCUGCGAGCGAGGAAGAAAAUGUGAGCAAACAUCACGAGAUCAUUCCGAAUGGCUACAAUCUGGGCAGAGACAAGGUGGUGGGUCUCAGUCAAAAGAACAAGAAUGGUAUCACGUAAGUUGAUCGGCUUCUCCUCGUCUAGCUGCUGCGCCCGCUCACCACUCGAGGCACGGCGAUCCGAUUACCGAUUCGCAUCUCAGCUCGUGGUUCUUCACUCGGUAUCAGACCAAGGUGCAAUGGCUGGACGGUCUAAUGCCUGCAGGUGCUCAAGGUAUCAACCAUGACAUUGCCGUGCGUCGUCAACUUGUCUUGCGAAGUCUGCGAGAGAUGGUUGACGUCUCUCUCUGCACACUACAGGUGGACGGCCGAACAGCUCUGCUGACGAUCAAGAUUCUCAAUUCUGACGACAAGGCCGCGCUCAAGAAGACCUCUGCUCAGCUCAAAGCUGCAGAGAAGGAGCACAAGAGGAUCAGCAAGCGUCUGAGUAAACAGUCUCCAGAUGCUGUCGUCCCUGUUGCGUCGUCAGCCAACGAAGCAGGGAACGAUGCUUUUGCGGAUGCGGCUCAACCGAGUGGAUUGGCGCAGGCGUCGACGAACAAGCCUGCUGUGGCGACCAAAAACGCUGCCAAGUGGCUCAAGCGUCUCAGCACGAGCGCAAAGAGACGGUCGAGGCAGGACACACCUGCAGUCGAGACUGCGCAAGCCGCACCGGCGAUUGCAGCAGCCUGA